AUGAGAGCCGUUAUCGUUUCACAGGAAGGUCAUUCCCGAGAAACAUAUAAGCAGUGCGCAGACUAUACGGAUAUUUGGAGUACAGAGAGUCGACUGCAAGUGAAGACCCCGGAACAGUGACACAUUGUCCCGGCUUUUUAUUUCCAGAAAGGCAUGGGGGGAUUUAGAUCUCGACAAGGCAGCACUGGUUAGAAGAUCGCACUAGCAGAGGGAGGACAGUGAAUAAGGACCUCGCCACAGAGAGGAACUGCACAACUUUGACCGUCUCAUCAGUAAGCUGGUGGGCUCCAAUAUCCCGGCUGAUGACUGUCCCUCAGGUGGCUGGACUACAGGGCUGAGUGGGAAGCCUGUGCGUUUGCUGAGGGUGGUGCCCUGGCUUGUAUGUUGGUCACUUGCACUUGUACUCUCUCACAAGGACCAUGUGGUUUUCUCCCGGGAGAAAUCGUUUCCCCUCGCAGAACUGGCAGGGUGCCUAUAAUUGCACCAAUUUCAGCGUGUCCUUGUGGGUGUUAAGUUUUUGUUGGUGCUUUGCGGCUGUGAGCAGUCAGAACUACCAUCCCACUGUGAACACACAGUACGGGAAACUCCGAGGGGUGAGGGUUCCCCUGCCCAGCGAGAUUCUCGGGCCGGUCGACCAGUAUCUGGGGAUUCCGUACGCUGCCUCCCCCGUGGGAGAAAAACGUUUCAUGCCCCCAGAGCCUCCUUCUUCCUGGUCAGGAAUCAAGAACGCCACCCAUUUUGCUCCUGUCUGCCCUCAAAAUAUACACAAUGCUGUGCCAGAGAUAAUGAUGCCAAUAUGGUUCACUUUCAACCUGGAUAUAGUUACCACGUACAUACAGGAUCAACAUGAGGAUUGUCUUUACCUAAACAUCUAUGUUCCAACAGAGGAUGGGGCCCAUGCAAAAAAACAGGGCGAGGAUUUAUCGGAUAACGACGGUGAUGAAGAUGAAGACAUACGAGACACUGGGGCCAAGCCCGUGAUGGUCUACAUCCAUGGAGGGUCCUACAUGGAGGGGACAGGCAACAUGAUCGAUGGGAGUGUCCUGGCCAGCUAUGGAAAUGUCAUCGUUAUCACUCUCAACUACCGCGUUGGAGUCCUCGGAUUCCUCAGCACGGGUGACCAGGCAGCUAAAGGGAACUAUGGACUCUUGGACCAGAUCCAGGCUUUGAGAUGGAUCAGCGAGAACAUCGGCUUCUUUGGAGGAGAUUCCAAUCGCAUCACUGUGUUUGGUUCUGGGAUUGGAGCUUCUUGUGUCAGCCUGCUCACCCUCUCCCACCACUCUGAAGGUCUGUUCCACAGAGCCAUCAUUCAGAGCGGGUCAGCCCUCUCCAGCUGGGCAGUGAACUAUCAGCCGGUCAAGUAUACACGUCUCCUGGCAGAGAAGGUGGGCUGUAAUGUGCUGGACACGUCAGACAUGGUGGACUGUCUGAGGAAGAAGAGCUCCAGGGAGCUGGUGGAGCAGGACAUACAGCCUGCAAGGUACCACGUGGCCUUUGGACCUGUAAUUGAUGGUGAUGUUAUCCCCGAUGACCCUGAGAUCCUAAUGGAGCAAGGAGAGUUUCUCAACUAUGAUAUCAUGCUGGGUGUCAACCAGGGUGAAGGGCUCCGGUUUGUGGAGAACGUGGUGGAUUCAGAGGACGGCGUGUCUGGAAAUGACUUUGAUUUUUCUGUGUCUGAUUUUGUGGACAGUCUGUACGGGUACCCAGAAGGCAAGGAUACGCUUAGGGAGACCAUUAAGUUCAUGUACACAGACUGGGCAGACAGGGACAAUCCCGAGACCAGACGAAAGACAUUGGUGGCUUUAUUUACCGACCACCAGUGGGUUGAGCCGUCAGUGGUCACGGCUGAUCUCCACGCUCGCUAUGGCUCACCCCCUACUUCUAACGCCUUCUACCACCACUGCCAGAGCCUGAUGAAGCCUGCCUGUCUGAUGGCCGCCCAUGGCGAUGAGGUGCCUAUGUUUUUUGGAAUUCCUAUGAUUGGUCCCACUGACCUUUUCCCCUGUAACUUCUCCAAGAACGAUGUCAUGCUGAGUGCUGUAGUCAUGACCUACUGGACCAACUUUGCCAAGACUGGGGAUCCCAACAAACCAGUUCCCCAAGAUACCAAGUUCAUCCACACCAAGGCCAAUCGCUUUGAAGAGGUGGCCUGGUCCAAGUACAACCCCCAGGAUCAGCUGUACCUGCAUAUUGGCCUGAAGCCACGUGUGCGCGACCACUACCGUGCCACCAAAGUGGCCUUCUGGAAACACCUAGUGCCCCACCUGUACAACCUCCACGACAUGUUCCACUACACCUCCACCACCACCAAAGUGCCACCCCCAGAGACCACGCAGAACACACUGUCCACCAAGAGGCCCAAUGGGAAAAACUGGCCAUUCAACACCAAGAGGCCACCUAUGUCCCCGGCCUACAACAGUGAGGACAAAGACUGGGGCGAAGAUGAGGAGACAGGACCACUGGUAGUAGAGAACCCACGGGAUUACUCUACAGAGCUCAGUGUCACUAUCGCUGUUGGGGCCUCACUGCUGUUCCUCAAUGUCCUGGCUUUCGCAGCCCUCUACUAUCGCAAGGACAAGCGGCGGCAGGACUCCGGCCACGGGCAGCCCAGCCCUCAGCGGCAGACCACCUCCAACGACAUUGGCCACCACGCGCCGGAGGACGAGAUCAUGUCGUUGCAGAUGAACCAGACGCAUCAUGAGUGUGAGGCAGGGAACAGCAAUGAGGGGGCACUGCGCUUGGCCUCGCUGCCUGACUACACACUCACACUCCGGCGCUCUCCGGAUGACAUCCCCCUGAUGACCCCCAACACCAUCACCAUGAUCCCCAAUUCCUUGGUAGGCAUGCCCAACCUGCACCCCUACAACACCUUCACAACUGGCUUCAACUCCACCGGCCUGCCUCACUCUCACUCAACCACCCGCGUAUAGCUUUAAGGAGGCCAGGGGCAGCCGGCGCAAACGGGGGAGGAAGAGGCAGUGGUGCAGGGGUGGAAGAGGAGGAGCGGGAGGAUGAACGAAUGGAGAAGAGGA